AUGUUUUUCGUGUAUAAUUUAGGACAGAAACGACUGAUAUAUCUUCUCUGUAGAAAAUCGGACUUGAAUGAGACUGAGUUUUCCAAAUUCCAUUCUAAUGUCAAGCGUGGUGAUAUUGUUGGCAUCACAGGGUUUCCAGGCAAAAGCAAGAAGGGGGAGCUUAGUAUUUUCUCCAAAACUAUUGUGACACUGUCUCAUUGUUUGCAUAUGAUGCCAAAACUAAUAUCUGCGUCUGCAGCGGAUAAUUCAAAUGUGAAGAAAAGUGCAUGGGUACCAGGAAGUACCCGGAAUCCCGAAGCAUACUUUUUGAAAGAUCAGGAAACUAGAUAUCGGUUACGCCAUUUGGAUUUGAUGAUUAAUCCAGAGGUUCGAGAAAUAUUCAAGACUAGGUCUAAAAUCAUUUCCUACAUUAGGUCCUUCCUGGACAAGCUUGAUUUCUUAGAGGUUGAAACACCUAUGAUGAAUAUGAUUGCCGGUGGUGCUGCUGCUAAGCCAUUUGUAACUCAUCAUAACGACCUUAACAUGAGAUUAUUCAUGAGAAUUGCUCCAGAACUCUAUCUCAAGGAGUUGGUUGUAGGUGGGCUGGACCGUGUUUAUGAAAUUGGGAAGCAAUUUAGAAAUGAGGGUAUAGAUCUGACUCACAAUCCUGAGUUUACUACCUGUGAGUUCUAUAUGGCUUAUAUGGACUACAAUGAUGUAAUGGAGUUAACGGAGAACAUGUUGAGUGGUAUGGUCAAGGAACUUACAAAUGGCAGCUAUAAAAUCAAGUAUCAUGCAAAUGGGAUUGAUAAGGAUCCUAUUGAAAUAGACUUUACUCCACCAUUCAGAAGGAUUGAUAUGAUUGAAGGAUUAGAGCAGAUUGCUGGCCUCAGUAUUCCCAAAGACUUGGCCAGUGAUGAAACUAAUCAAUAUCUGAAGAAUGCUUGUUUGAAGUACGAAAUCAAAUGUCCCCCUCCUGAAACAACUACACGCUUGUUGGAUAAGCUUGUUGGGCACUUUUUGGAGGAAACAUGUGUCAAUCCCACAUUCAUCAUAAACCAUCCUGAGAUAAUGAGUCCGUUGGCUAAGUGGCACAGAUCAAAACCUGGCCUGACAGAACGUUUUGAAUUGUUUGUUAACAAACAUGAGAUUUGCAAUGCAUAUACUGAAUUGAAUGACCCUGUGGUACAACGACAAAGAUUUGCUGAGCAACUCAAGGAUCGGCAAUCAGGUGACGAUGAAGCAAUGGCCUUAGACGAGACAUUUUGUACCGCUUUGGAGUAUGGUUUGCCACCAACUGGUGGUUGGGGUUUGGGUAUUGAUAGGCUGACCAUGUUAUUGACUGACUCCCAAAAUAUUAAGGAGGUUCUUCUCUUCCCUGCUAUGAAACCUCAAGAUUGA